AGUUUACUUAACCUCGUACACUACUAAUGUUUGCACAUGAAAUGAUAACAAGGGGCAAAAACAGUCAGCUACCAAAGCCUGGGAAUAGUCCAAGCAAGACAGCUUAAGAGAGAAGGAAACUAGUACUGGACUGAAGCUACUCCUCUUGACCACAUGACCAUGCUUUUGUUCCAGAUUGGUCUUGCAAUCCUUACCAUAUUGUUACUCAAGGACACCUGUGGAGCUAGUGUCACUCCAGAUCCUGUGUUCCAGUACAUUGAUGCAAACCAGGAGAAGUUUGUACAGAGACUGAAAGAAUGGGUUGUGAUAAAAAGUGAUUCUAGUGACCCCUCACUAAGAAAUGAAGUUCAUAAAAUGAUGGAAAUUACAGCUGAACUAAUAAAGACCCUAGGAGGAACAGCAGAACUAGUGGAUAUAGGACUUCAGCAGUUGCCCAGUGGAGAGACUCUUAAAUUACCAAGUGUUGUCUUGGGACAAAUUGGUCAGGAUCCAGACAAACCUACUCUUUGUAUUUAUGGACAUACAGAUGUACAGCCAGCAAGGAAAGAAGAUGGUUGGGAUACUGAUCCAUAUACACUGACAGAAAUUAAUGGUAAUCUCUAUGGACGUGGCGCUUCUGAUGACAAAGGACAAAUUCUGCCUUGGAUAAAUGCAGCUGAAGCACUUCAGUCACAAGAGCUCCCUGUGAAUUUUAAAUUUCUAAUUGAGGGCAUGGAAGAAGUGGGAUCAGAUGGCUUGGCAGAACUAAUUAUGAAAAGAAACCAAACCUUUUUUUCAGAUGUUGACUACAUUGUGCUUGCAGAUACAGCAUGGAUUAGUGAAAAGCCAGCAUUAACAUAUGGAGCAAGAGGAAACUGCUACUUCCUUGUAGAGGUGGAAUGUGCUAACCGAGACUUACAUUCUGGCUCGUAUGGUGGAGUGAUUCAUGAAGCAAUGACGGACUUGAUCGCUCUUUUGGACAGCCUUACAAAUUCCUCUGGUCACAUUCUUAUACCUGGCAUCAAUGAAGCAGUGGCUGCCUUGACUGAUGAGGAAACAAAGCUCUACAGCGGAAUAAGUUUUGAUCAUGAAGAAUUCAGAAAUAAAAUUGGAGCACAAGAACUUCGGCAAAAAAACAAGGAAGACGUACUUCUUCAAAGAUGGCGUUACCCAUCUCUCACCAUCCAUGGAAUUGAAGGUGCUUUCUCUGGAGCUGGAACUAAAACAGUUAUUCCAGCAAAAGUAAUAGGAAAAUUCUCAAUACGCCAAGUCCCUGACAUGGACCCUUUGCAAGUGGAGAAGCAGGUGAUUGAAUACCUUGACAAGAAAUUUGCUGAGCUGAAGAGUCCUAAUAAGAUGAAAACAACUAUGGUAAUAGGCGCAAAGCCAUGGCUCACGGAUCCUAAUAAUAAGGCUUUUCAUGCAGGAAGAAAAGCAUCUAAAAGAGCAUUUGGAGUGGAACCUGACCUGAUUCGUGUUGGAGGGACAAUUCCAAUAGCUACUACACUGGAGGAUGUGACUGGGAAGAAUCUGAUCAUGAUGCCACUAGGAGGACCUUAUGAUGCAGCCCAUGGACAAAAUGAAAAGAUCAGCAGGUAUAACUACAUUGAAGGAACAAAGUUUGCUGCUGCAUAUGCCCAGGAAUUUGCUAAACUCUAAGAAAAAUACCCAUCAAGACAAAAGGACAAUACAUAGUAUUAUACACUACAUUUUUAUUUUAGCAGGAUUUAAAAGCUCAUUUUAGGUAGUUUGGCUGAAACAGCAUGAAAUUGACUACAGCUGGACUGAAUCUUAAAGCACGUUUGCACAGUUAAAACUUGAACCAUGUACAACGGGUGCAUAUUUUGCACAGAAAUGUCCUCUUCUUCUGAUGAUUUCAUAUAUGCUCUGCAUUAGUUCCUUACAGAUAAGCUAACAAGACUUCAGAGGUUUAUGAAAUUACAUAAAAAUCAAUUUUGGCAUUCGGUUAAUACCUUCAUUGAAGAGCAAUCUCCUCUGGAAGACCUAGGGUAACUUCCAUCUCAAAUAGAAAAUCAACAACAUAAAUAAAAUGGUAUCCGAUGAUGACAAAAAAUGUUUACUUUUGCAUCAUUCUGUCCUUUAACAAGUGAGCACUGUAAAAAUGGAAAGAAAAAAAUAAAAAUAAUCCUCUUGUGUGA